AUGGCAUUCCAGCCCUCGCCGACGGAUGUCUCUGUCAUCGUCACCACGCCCAAUACAGCAACUGGUCCCGAACCGCGCUUCCUGACAGAGCGUCGUGUCACUCCGACAUGGACUGUCCUGCAGCUGAAAUCCAAGUUGGAGACGAUGACUGGCAUCCCCACGAACUGUCAAAGUCUACUACUGAAGGCACCCGGGCGUGUUGAUCAGUGGGUAGAUGGAGAUGAUAGUAUCAUCGGCAACUGGGGUCUGAUGAAGGGCUGCGAGAUUGAGGUUCACGAUACUCGCCCUCAAGCCGCACGGCCUAAUUUCAACGAUUUGUCCUCUGUGGAGAAAUAUGUCCUCCCCUCAGCCACGUAUGAGUCACUUCCAAACUCCGUUCUAGCCUGGAAAAAAAACCAGAAACUCGGCAGAUUCGACCCCAAUGCUCUGUCACCGAAGGAGUCGAUGCAAAAGCAGGCAGAGAAAGAUACCGAGGAUAUUCGCGUUCGGGGCAUCGCCGUCUCCCGACGUGCUAUUAUCCUUCCGUCAUCCCCUCCACACGUUAGGCGAGGUACAAUACGCUAUGUUGGGCCUGUGCCUACGAUACCUUUCCCUGGAGUGGACGUCACAUCUCAAGAAACUUCCGACUCUGGUCCCCAGCCUAUCUGGGUAGGAAUUGAACUCGACGAGCCUACCGGAAAGAACGACGGUUGCGUAGGUGGCAGACGAUAUUUUACUUGUCCCAACAAUACGGGCGUCUUUGUGAAGCCCGAAAAGGUGGAAGUCGGAGACUUUCCCCCAUUAGAUUUGUUUGAUGACCUGGAGGAUGAAAUGGAGGAAAUAUGA